UAGGAGUGUGCCUCUGAAAUUUGUAUUUACAGCUUUCAAAUUCCGGUUUACUAUUGCCCUGCCGAUAAAAUCUAAAUCGCCUAGUUAAGUGAAUGGGCUUGUUCUAGCUUCAGCAAAUCUUCCUUUUUGACUAGUAGGAGCUCCGUGCUUAAGUCGAUUGGCCCUGGCAAGGGACGCCGCGGGUGUGGUUGAGGUGUUCCUAGGGAGGGCGAGAGAGCGGCGAGUCAUGUUCGCCUCCAGCUCCGGCUGGGGACUUGGUUGCCUCACGCUUGGUCAGCUCCGAGUGUGGGCCGGUGCUAGGCUCUGGACCCUAAGGGCCUGCCAGGCCAGGCUGUACUGCUCAGCUGGUGGCGAGCGGCGGCUGGGAUCCGAACCCGAGGCCUCUCUGCCUGGCCCAGCGCGCCGGACUCUGAAGGAGUGGACGCUGCUGGUUAGCCCAUUUGGUCGGCUGCGGGUGCGGCUCCCUUGCCACCUGUCUGUGAGGCCCCUGGACCCCCUCACCUACCCCGAUGGCAACCGCCUGCUGGUCGCGGUGUGCGGCGUGGAGGGCGGAAUCCUGGGCCUGAAUGACCUGCAGGUGAAGUACGACGAGGCCCUGCAGGAGGUGGCCAUCCUGUCUGACACCGUGGACCCCCAGGCGUCGGUGGAGGUGAACGCACCCCUGAAGUUUGAUUUGAAUAUCAAGUCAUCGGGGUCUGGCUGUGUAAAAGUCCAAAAUAUUCAGUGUGAUAAUUGCAAAAUUGAAACUGAACAGGGAACCAGCAUCUUACAGUCUGUUAAGGGUCAAAAACUACAUGUUAAAACAAAAGGAGGCAGAGUGAUCUCUCUGGGAACAGUUUAUGGAAAUAUAGAUAUUCAUGCAUCAAAUAAAAGUACUGUGACCAUAGAUAAACUGCAGGGAAGUUCUGUUAAUAUAUCUACUGAAGAUGGUUUGCUGAAAGCCAAGUAUCUUUAUACAGAAUCAUCAUUUCUGUCUUCUGCUGCUGGGGAUAUUGCAUUAGGAAGUGUUCAUGGUAAUAUAAUAAUACAAAGUGAGACGGGUAACAUCACCAUAGACUCAUCCUCAGGAUGUCUAAGAGCCUCAACUCAUCAGGGUGCCAUCGAUGUCUAUGUCAGCCAGCUGGGGAAGGUGGAAUUGAAAUCUCACAAAGGUUCUGUUAUUGUGAAGGUACCAUCUUCUCUUCAAGCUCAUUUACAAUUAUCAGGGAAAGAAAUUGAUGUGAACCCAGAAAUCUGUGUUCAGGAAAUGGCUGAAGCUCAUAAGGAUGAUGGUGUAAUAAUUACUGGRCUCAUGAAUCAAGCAAGCAAACAUGAAAAAUGGAUUAAUGUUGCUGCCCCAAAAGGCACUAUAAGUUUUAGAAGUCAAAGCUGGUUUCAGUCCCUGAAACUGCAAGACUAAGAAUGGCUUGAUCUGUACUUGUGCUAUUAAAAUAAUGAUCAGCAAACUGUGACACAAAAAUGCAACUUCCACUGUUCGUAUAAAUGCUGAAAACAGUGGCAUUAGGAAUUAAUAGUGGUAAAUAGUUUGGGAUUGGGGGACUUUUCAAAAUACUUACUUAGCCACCAUAUUCAUUUUCUAUUGCUGUGUAACAAAUAACAGUAGGCUCCCCUUAUUCUCAAGGGAUAUGUUCCAAGACCCCACAAGCGGAUGCCAUGGACAGUACCAAAUUUUAUGUAUACCAUGUUAUUUCUUACAAAUACAUAUACAAAUUUAAUGCCUUUGUUAUCUUGAUUAAGCAUUUGUGCAUUAUAGCUCUAACUUGAGCAGUUUGAGUUGCAACAGCAAAACUAGCUUCUUUUUCCUUCUUCACCCUUUCACAGGUGAAACAUUUAUUCUUUUUCUUAAUAUAUUUUUAGUUGUAGGUG